CUCACUAGAAGCGCAUGCGUAUGGAACUGCUUGUAUAGACCGUAAUUACUGAUUCCCCAUUCUUUUUUCCCUUCGGAAUAUAAAGAAAAAAGAUCCGACUUCUUCUUAAUAAUAAAUAAAAUACAUCCCAAAACCGUGAACUGAGCGCGUGUUCCCACUCUCCGCCAUGUCUACGACGGAGCAACCACUAAAGAAACGUAAACUUUACGAACCACCGCCGCCACCUCAGUCACCGCCUCCUCCUCCUCCGCCGCAACCACCGCCGCAGAGUAGCGUUGCUCCGGCGGCGCUAUCUCAGGACGAAAUUUUAAGGCGAAGAAGGAACCAAGAAGAGAUUCGUAAUGUUUAUGAGUGUUAUAAAAGGAUUAAAUUCUGCAUCUCACAUAAUAAUGAUCGUUUUUCGUCUGAACUUGAACAAGCAUAUCUCUCUCUUAUUACUGCCUCAAGAGGCUGCACAAGUGUACAACGCCUAGUGGCUGAUUUUAUUCCUCGAUUUGCUUCGUAUUGCCCCACUGCCCUUGAAGCUGCAGUAAAAGUUGUUAUUAAUAUGCAUAAUUGGAAGUUAGCUCUGAUUGGUAAAGGAGAAGAUACAGACGGUGUUGCAUUUGACACUGCUAAGGCAUGCAUUUUUGGUCUAGCUGAUAUCUGUCAAAGUGCUGCUGCUGAGGCACCAACAUCAUCAGUUAUUCGAGGAAUUUGCACCACCGUCUUUCGUGAUGCACUCACCUUCUUAAUAUCCUGUUUUGAAGGGAGGGAUGUUUUCGAGAUUGCUGACAAGGAAAUUUUUGGUAUUCAGGAUGCUCAUUUGUUCUCUGAGUACCAACAAAAAAUUUUAAACAAGGAACAAUCGGUACUUCUCAAGCUAUCUGAGUUCCGCGUACUUUGUUUCCUCAGAAUUUUCUUUACUUGCCCCAAAAAUUCAAUUGCAACUUGUUUUGAGCUCAUCGGCUCUACUGGAUCGGAGGAAUCUAAGCAGGAAGGAUAUUACUUACUUCAUCAGUUAACUAACAGGCUUGAUGAUGCUGUUGGUCAUCCUAGGAAUGCCGGAAAUAGUGCAGUGACAUCAUCAGCGAAGUCCAAAGAAACAAGUAGCAAAAGUAAGGAUGUGGAUGAUGGCCUUGCGACAUGUGGCAAACAAGUCUCGGACAAUCGCUCUCUUGUUUUGAAGAACUGCUUAUUAGGACUGGCUGUAGAGAAAGAUCAUUCGCUGAAAAGUUGGAUCUGCUCAAGGUUUAAGAAAUUAAGUAAAUCAGCUUCCUCUCAAGUUGUUUCAGAUAUUUCCUCAGUUCUUGAAGGAAUAUUGCAGUCUUUCUUAGAUGAAGUGAAGGCAGAAAAACCUCAUGAUGACGGUGAUGAGGAUUGUCUGGAUACUGCAAAGUAUGCUAGUGAGUACUUGGGUCACGAGCUAUCUUCUCAAAAAGUAACUCAUGAAGUUUCUCGAAGCCCAGCAGCUCCUCUGGGAGCAACUCACCGUUCCAGUAUGAAUUCGAAUACUACUAGUGGUGAGCUUAGGUCUUUAGUUUUUGAUUCUAAAGAGCCUGGAGAUUCACCGAAUACCAGGCCUUCUGUGCCUAUGGAGGUCUAUAACCAGCAGAUUCUUUCUCCUAUUGCUAGAACACCGUCAAACUUGAGGAAUAGUUCAUCUGAUGGAGGACACCAUGUCAUGAUGGAGAACCACCAAAUUCUUAAUGUGGACCGUUCUCUACCAGCCUCAAGAUCAUCAACUGGAGGCAUGAGUUGUUCCAUGGAGUCACCUAUGCAGCAUUUACCUCUGUCUCAUUCUUCCACAAAUCAAGUGAUUUGGUACACGGAUGGAGACCCAGCUGCAGCAGACAUCUUUCCCGCUUCCAAGCAGCUAUGGUUGGGAUCUAUAGGCCCUGAUGCAUCUGAAGUUCUUGUCAGACAUAAGUUCGAGAUGUUUGGUCCACUAAAUCAUUUUGCAUUCUUUGCAUUCAAAGGUUUUGCUUUGGUUGAGUACCACAACAUUAUGGAUGCGGUGAGAGCCAGGGAAAUCAUGCAGGGAAAUUCGCUUUGGGGUGCUGGUCUUCGAAUAAAAUUCUUGGAUAGAGGAUUAGGUACUAAGGGGGCUAUAAAUGGUGUUGCUGUUGGUUCUAGUUGCUAUAUUUAUGUUGGAAGUGUUCAGAGCCGCUGGAUGAAGGAUGAUGUCGUGCAUGAGCUGAGAAAAGCACUUCAAAGAGGUCCUCGGAUGGUUACUGAUCUAGGCAGCGAAGGAGCAUUGCUGAUGGAGUUCAACACACCUGAGGAGGCCACAAUUGCCAUGAAUCAUCUGAGGCACUGGCGUAAGGUAAGGAGUGACUGCAUUCAGCCCCUAAACUUAGGUCCAGCUAAUAGUUCCAUGCAUACUGAAGGUAUUAGACCUAGCUCUGCCUCUGUUUAUGUUGGUGCCGGAAGCAAUUUUUGUGCCAAUAGUACUGUUGGGCCAUCUCACUUCCAGAAUGUGCUUGAGAACCAUUCUGACAGUCAUGUUCCAAGAAUGUCACGUCUAUCUUCUUUGCUUUCACAGUUAAGCACCAAAUAUAGUGUCAAAUAUGAUCCUGGCUAUAAGAGUCAUCAUGUGUCAGGGAAUUGUGAAACUGGAUUCCUGGGAGGAGAUACAAUGCAGACAAAUAUCCUACGUAUUAGCAUUCCAAAUGGUAGCUCCUUGUUUAUCACAGAAGAUGAGCUUUUGGCUAUUUGUAAUCUUGCCAUUGACAACAAAGGUUCCAUCAUCAGGUUAAUGAGAGAAAGUAUGCCUAUGGGUUCUUGUUGGCUAGUUGAAUGCAGCAGCAUGGAUUCUGCUAAUACUCUCGUGAAGACCCUUCGUGAUUGUCCUGGGUUAUUCUUCCAGAUAGAAUUCAGUCACCCUGGGCAGCAUCAUAUUCCUGUUCCUGUAAAAAAAGAAGGUAGUAUUCUGGAGCUGACAUCACCCAGACUGAAUCCAGAACAAGGUAGCAUGGCUCAUGCUGGAUAUGCACUUCAGUCAAACUGGACACAUAUAGCAAGCAGAGGUAUGGCUGAAGUUGGUUCUGGAAAAACUGAUAUGAUGGUUCUAGUUCCAUCACCGAGAGGUAAUCAUAAAUUCACUGGUGCUGUUAAUGACAUGUGGAUGCACAGGAAAUCUGAAGCAGAGAUACAUCCUAGACCGGGAAUUGUUGCCUGCAAUGCUGCACCUCCUCAAGCACCUCCUAGACCACUACAGCCUAUUCAAGGACCUCCUAGUGUGCCACCGCCUGUUCUAGCACUUCCUCCUGCAGCAGCACAGCCAAUUCAAGGACCUCCUAUUGCACCACCACAGCAAGCACAACCCCCGCCCUUUGUGCGCCCAAUGUACUUCCCUCUAAGUGGGUGGGAUUCACGUGGUUUGAACCAUAACUUGCCCCUAAAUCCAAUUCCAUCUGGUGCACUGCCUACUAAUCUUCAUCAUUGUUCAGUUGCACCACCAUUUGUACCUGCUUCUGUGACUCCAAUGUCUCAGAUACAAGGCACCUCCAUGCCGCCAUUUGAUCAUAUGUAUCCUGUGCCUGUUGCUAGACCACCAGUGACGUCUUUACCGCCACAACCACCACCCCAGCUUGACUCAUUACCCCUGUUACCUCCACCUGUGUUGCAGCCUCCAUUACCUUCAUCCCCACCCCCACUACCUUACCCUGAUCCACCUAAUAAUCCUCCUCCACCUAGUUCCCCGCCUCCUCCCCCACCUCCAUUAGCUGAAUCUUCAAAUUCAGAAAGUUCUAAACAAUAUUUGCAGUGUCAGUGGCAGGGAUCCUUAAGUAAAAGUGGGGUUCAUUACUGCACGAUUUAUGCACAAAGAGUAGAGUCGGAUUCUUGCAGGUAUCCAAAUGCCAGCGCUGAGCCUACGGAAUGGCCUGCGAAGUUGGAUAUGACCAAACGCACUGAUUUUCGGCAUGUCAAAUCAACAUUUUGUAGUACGCCACCCCAUAAAAAAGAGAUAUGCUGGCUGCUACCUUCUUCUCCAGUGGACCAUAAGGGCUUUCAAGAUUUUAUAUCAUACUUGAAGCAAAGGGAAUGUGCUGGUGUAAUUAAAAUCCCAGCGGUAAAAUCAAUGUGGGCAAGGCUUCUCUUCAUCCUUCCGCAGUCAUCUGAUACCUGCUCUAUGCUCUCAGUUGCGCCUAAUCCUUCUCUUUGUCUAGUUGGUUUGGUGGUGCCUAAAGAGACAAACUUAGAAUGGGUAUGAUGCAAAGUCAAUACACUUUUGAAUAUCUAAAAUCACAGCUGAGUAAACAUGUCAAAUCGCUAUAGUAACCAGAACAGAAACGAAAAACCUCAAAAGAAAUUCAUUCCAAAGAAUCAAACACACAAUUCUCAAACCCUAGCAAAUUCCUAUAGACAAACACUUCCUAACAAGCCCAAUACAAGUUCCAGUAACGCCGGUAGGGUUAGGAUGGGAACCACUGGCGCGUGGGUUUCCGCGAGUGGGAAUUUCGUGAAUUAUUUGCCACAGGAUGAAGCUGUAGCAGCUGGACUUGGAGCAGAUGAGGGUGCAUUGGAUCCAGUGGAAUCGCAGCGCGUGGUUGAUGUUUUAAACAGGGAGUUGUGUAGGUUACUUAAGAUGAAUGCAAGAGAUUUCUGGAAAGAAGUGGCCAGCGACAGUUCCCUUCAUUCUUUUCUUGAAAGCUUUCUGAAGUUCAGGAGUAGGUGGUUUGAUUUUCCAUAUCGAGGAGCCAGGGGUAUAGUUGCUGGGGUCGUUGUUGGGGAGUUCGAGCUCUGCCGGCGUAUCUUUAUGGUCUUAUAUCGCAUAUCGUCAAAUCGGGACCCUGGAGCUAAGACUGCUGAUAGUCUUAGUCAGAAAGAUCACGAAGCCCUUUUGCAGGAAAAGAAGUUGCUUGAUUUACCAAAGUUGUUAGACAUAUGUGCCAUAUAUGGUCAUGAAAACGAAGAUCUGACAAGAAUAUUGGUCGUUAAUGCCAUAAAGUCACAGCCAUGGAUCCAUGAUGAUCUUUCAUCUGUUAUUACGCACUUUCUUAGCAUCGUGCAGACUAUGUAUCAGAGGUGUAGCUCAUCGUUGGAGGUUUUAUUUUCCUCCGGUCACUUGCAAGAUUAUGGGCAUAGUCGGCUUCAAACAGACUAUCUAGAGGUGAUGGACUUUUUAAAUGAUGCUGUGGUAUCUAUGGAUGCGUUUGUCAAUGCGUAUAAGCAAGCAUCCAUCUACUUCUGCUGUCCUGUUGAAAUGAGUCAUGGGAAUGAGGAGGUGCUUACUGCCCUUGCAAGAUUACAUGAUUCAUUGCUGCCUUCUUUGCGGCGGGGUUUCCACAUUAUUUUAACGUCCGGAUAUAAAGGUUUGACGGAAUCUUCGAAUGAAAUGCGCUCGCAUGUUUUUGUCAGUCUCAAAAUGUUAUCCACAAGGAUAGUAAAUUUUGGUUGGAAGCUGCUGAACUUGUGCUAUCUAAGUGAUGAGGCUUUUGUUGAAAGUUCUCCACUUCCUGCUACCAUGAAGAUGUUCCCUACCAAUGUGGAGGAUCCUGCUAUAAGAGCAGAUAUAUUAGUGCAGUCGGUGAGGGAUAUAAUUGGAGAUUACUCACAGGCUCUAGAGGGACAUAGCAAAGGCACAUUUCUCCAAAUCAUUGACAAAAAUCACAACCUAAUGGGCAGAAUUGAGUUACUACGUAAUACAGGGUGGAUAUCAAUGGAUGAUGAUCAAUUCAAGUUUCUGUCGGGGAUCACAAUACACCCAGUAGAAGAUAAUAUUGGAAGGGCAGCCCAUCCGGCAACCUCCCAAAAAGACAACCUACCACAGGUUGAUGAAGACACUGCUAUUAUGGAGUCGAAAAUAAGUCAGAUAAGGGACCUCUUCCCUGAUUAUGGGAAAGGCUUCUUAGGUGCUUGUCUCGAAGUAUAUAACCAGAAUCCUGAAGAGGUCAUUCAGAGGAUUCUUGAGGGUACCCUUCAUGAGGACUUGCAGUCUUUGGACAUCUCCUUGGAGAAAAUACCACAACCCAAGUCUGUUGUUCCAUCCAUGACCAGAAAUGACAAGGGUAAAGGGAAACUAGUGGAAUCUGCGGCAAUACCCCCGAGAAACAUCGCUCCUGCAGCAUCACCUUACAAAGCUGUAGGCUCUUCUAAUUCAUCUACAGCUUCAGCUGGAAGGUUUAUCAGGAAAACAACCACUGAAGAUCCUGCUUCCUUGACACUUGACUCUAGAGAUGCGAAGGAUUUGGCAAAAACCCUUGCACUUUCAUCACAGCUUGAGUACGAAGAUGAGUAUGACGACUCAUUUGAUGACCUAGGUCUAAGUAUUGGUGAUUCAGCAUUUGAGGAAACUGAGAACCUCCAAGACAAGUCAAACUUCAGCCGUGGGAGAAAUUCUGAAGCUGAUAACAGUAGCUCAGCGUCCAACGCUUCUAAGUGGGGAUCACGGAAGAAGCCACAGUUUUAUGUCAAAGACGGAAAGAACUACAGUUACAAAGUUGAGGGUUCUGUUGCAGUGGCUAAUUUCAAUGAAGCUUCUUUAGUAAAUCAAGUUCAGAAGGAGUCGAUCCACGGGUUGGGACGGGGUGGUAAUCUUCCUUUGGGUGCAGUUAAACGGUGGACCGAGUCAAAUGAGGAGAAAGACGACGAGCCGGAAGCCAAUGAGAUGGGUGGAAGGGGGGGAGGUCGAGGGUUCUUCAGAGGAGGGAGAGGUGGGAGAAAAGGAGGGGGUAGAUCAAAUAAUUACAGAAAGGACCAAGCCAUGAAAAAACACUUCUCAGGUUUGACAGGCCAUUGAUAUCGAAGCUUUCUUUACCUUUAGUAUGUAUACAAAUGUUGAUAAGCCUCCAGCAAAAAUACAUUGCCUCUUAGCUACCUUACAGAGUUUUCAGCUGACUGUAUAGGCGAUUCCCUGUGGGAAGAAAUUUCAGUUGGAUUUUGUUUUCAUUGACCAUACUAUAUAUAUACCAUGGCUCGUAGUUUCUUUGGA